AUGCUGAUUUUUGUUAUCCUAUUGAGUUCCUUGUCAUUUCAAACUGUGGUCAGUGAUAAAGACAUCAUACCUGUAUUCCUGAUAGACGAAAGUGGGGUAAUGGACGACCUCUAUAUAGAACCGAAUCCAUUCUUCAAAAUAAGCACAGCUUUCUUUGCGGAUGUGAUUCAUGACGUAAUCAAGAAGGCUGAAGUAGUAAUAAUAUUCGUUGAAGAUCAGUUUUCCACCGAAGACAUAAGCACUAAGGAUUCUUUGGGGACACCAUAUCGUAAUAUGCAAGAAGGUCUAAUAGAGAAAAAGGUUAAAUACUUUCCUAAAGUUAUAGAGCCAUACAAAUUGCUGAAUCAAAUGUUCCAACCUCACCAAUCUAAUGUCUUUUAUGUGAGUUCGGGAAUGGAUUUGAUAAUGUUGGAGAAAAGGUUAAGACAUCUUUAUAUUUUUUUCCGAGAUGGCAAAAACGAAACUAGAGCUGAAGUUUUGAGAAGGCACGAUCUGAUCAUGAGAGAGGUUUACAUGGUUAUGAGGGAUACGGUGGAUGGACCAGUAGUGGCUUUCUACACGGGGAAGAUGAAUCCAGUGCUCAUUGAUAAGUUGGACUUCGUCCCCAUCGCACCGAUACCAGACAGCAAAUUCCCCGGCGUUACGGUGGUUACUGAUGGAGCUCUGUUCCGAUUUGUUGGUUAGUUAAUAGACCGAGAGCUUGUGACAAAAAUUUGCUAGAGAUUCCGAAAGUUAGAUUUUUUGUAUGUUUAAGAAAUAAGGAUAUACCAGUCAGUAGGUACCCAAUGCAGAGGUCAUCCGCUAGAACACAUGUGGUGCAACCGACUAGCUCUUUAGCCAUGAUUCUAGCCAAAGGAUACGACAUCUUAGCGAUGUUAUUACGAUAUUUCUUUCUAUGGCACUACUUUGACAUGUCUUUUGGUUGAUAAACUGGGAUAAAUGACCAAGUUAAUAACAUUGCUAUUAAAUCCAUAGUCAUAUUCUUUAUCGUGCGUUCGUCGUCACUAAGUAAAUGUCAAAGUAGUAAAACCAAACGAAAUAUCGCCAAGACACCGAUAAGAAGUCGUAUCCUAUGGCUAGAGAGUUAGCGGUCGCACCCCUGGUAAGGGUGGGGCAAUGUAAAGUAUGAAAAUUUGUAACACAUACCAAAGCACUUUCGUAAUGGUUAAAAGUUAAUUUAUCACUAAAUUAUAAGUAAUAAACGCAGACUUUCAUUUAAUCGAAAAACACAUCCAGCUAUCCAGGUGCUUCACCCCUGACCUUCGCACUACCCUUAGUACUUUAACAUACUGAUUACUGAAAUAUAAACUUUCAAAAGCUCUUGCACAUUUUUGUUACAAGCUCUUAGGCUAUGGAGUGCCGAUCGUAGAUAUCCUCAGCACAACAGGCUUACCGUGCAUCAGUUCGGUACUAUGCCUCGAUGUAUUCGCGGCAACAGUGUCUAGACGCGCGCUCUUCAACCAGGUACCUAUAGUGGCAGAGGAGAGCUGGACUUCUGAUUCGUUAUCCACGAAGAUUGCUUACUCCGACUUCGAUCUGGAGUUCAAAUUCUUAUUCAGAGACAAGGAUUGGUUGCUCGCAAGGUGGGGUAGAGGAAAGAGCACCCGGGAUCCGGAAAGGAGCCACCGAGUCCAGCCCCCCCGACGCCACAGCAGUGGGGACAGUAAGAGGCUGGUGACGACGCACUGGUUAAAUUUGGUAUACGUAUUAGAUGCGGUGACGUUGCUGGAGGGGGGUGAAGAGGUGGGCCGCACCAGCAUGAUGGUGGGCGCGCCCUGGAACAACGCCUACUACUGCGGCGAGCCGCUAGUCAUUAUCAACAACAGGGACGGUAGCUCCGUUACCAUAUCUGAGUAUAAGAACCCCGUCAUCGACUAUGAGGUUAUGGACAUGAUUGAUGGUUUAUCAAUAGAUACGCAAUCCACGAACAAUGAGAGACGUCAAAUAGGACGCGAAGGCGACGAUGGCGAAGGAGGCGGUGACGGCGGAGAAGGCGGAGAAGGCGGGGAAGGCGGAGAAGGCGGAGAAGGCGGAGAGGCAGCGUCACCAGAAGAUUCCGAGGGCGAUUCGGGGGAAUUCGGGCAGACAGUGAAUUGCGGCCCUUAUUUCAGUGUAGGAAUAUUGGCGUGUCUCUUUGUGACAUGGAUAUCGUUAAUAAUCCUAGGCGUUGGACUGGUCGCAUUAAUGAAUUGCAAGGCGAAUGAUAUGUAUGACGAUCCGCACGAUAAACCACUACCGCUCGGCCUCGAACGGUAA